CUAACUAAAAACUCAGUCACUUGCAGUCACGUGAACGAUGUCUGGUGAAUGCGCAUGCGCUCGGACUCCAGUCUCGGCGUUUGGAGGAAAAGCAUCUGUCCCAGAUGAAUAAUGGUUAAGGAACAAUCUGAAAUUCAAUUCCAAAAGAAGAAAGAAGAUAAUAGGUAAAAGUCUACAGAUUUAUCUACCCAAGAUAACUUUGGUGUGAGAAAAUUUAAUUUGAAAUCAGCAUUGAAAUUUGGUGCCUACUCACCAAAAAAAAAAAAAAAAAAAAAAAUCCAGACAUUUGCAGCUAUAAAUUUAUAUGAAGAUAAUUUCAGAAUGUCUAGCAAGGAAGUAAAAACUGCUCUAAAAAGUGCUAGAGAUGCAAUCAGAAACAAAGAAUACAAAGAAGCUUUGAAACAUUGUAAGACAGUGUUAAAACAAGAGAAAAAUAACUAUAAUGCCUGGGUCUUUAUUGGUGUUGCUGCAGCCGAGUUGGAACAACCUGAUCAGGCUCAGGGUGCCUAUAAAAAAGCUGCUGAACUAGAGCCAGAUCAAUUACUGGCUUGGCAGGGGCUAGCAAGCUUAUAUGAGAAAUGUAACCACAUAAAUGCUAAGGAUGACUUGCCUGGUGUUUACCAGAAGCUCCUGGAUCUUUAUGAAAGUGUUGACAAGCAGAAGUGGUGCGAUGUCUGUAAGAAACUUGUGGAUCUAUAUUACCAAGAAAAGAAACACAUAGAGGUGGCCCAAACAUGGCACAAGUUGAUAAAGACACGGCAGGAGGAAGGUGCAGACAACCAAGAGCUUCACCAGCUGUGGAAGAAAUUGACUCAGUUGCUGGCUGAGAGUACUGAGGAUCAGAAUAAUGAGACCCAGCAAUUGCUUUUAGCUGCCUUUGAGAAUGCACUGGACUUAUCAGAUAAGAUUCCUAGUGAAGAUCACCAAGUACUUUAUAGACAGUUCAUUCACUGUUUAUCCAAAUUUCCUCAUGAGACCGCUAGAUUGAAGAAGGCCUGUGAAGGAAUGAUAAACAUCUAUCCCACUGUACAAUAUCCAUUAGAAGUGCUUUGUUUGCAUUUAAUUGAAUCAGGCAGUCUUACUGAUGAAGGACAGCAGUACUGUUGCAGAUUAAUGGAAAUGGAUUCCAGAAGUGGUCCAGGCUUCAUUGGUUUAGGCAUUAAAGCAUUACAAGACAAAAAGUAUGAAGAUGCUGUUAGUAACCUAACAGAAGGGUUAAAGGAAAGCCCUCUUUGCACGGCUGGAUGGUAUCAUCUGGCAGAAGUCCAAGUUAAAAUGCAUAGACCUAAGGAAGCUGUUCUUUCAUGCAAUCAAGCUCUGAAGAACAUAGAUAAUCUUGGUGUGUCCGGUGGCAGUCUUCAUCAGAAGAAUCUUUGUCUCCGUUUGAAAGCAGAGGCUUUGAUUAAACUCUCAGAUUAUGAAUCUUCAGUGGAAGCAAUUUGUACUCUUGAUCAGGUUUCUGAUGCAAAUAAUGUCCCAGGACUUUUGGUUCUUAAAAGCUUGGCCUAUCUGAACAAAGGUUCAUUAGAUGAAGCUUCUAAGAUUAUGGAAGACCUUCUCUCUUCUUACCCUGACCUAGCUGAAGUUCAUGCCCUGGAAGCUUUGAUUCAUUUUACCAAAAAGGACUAUCCACAAGCAGAGAAAUGUUUUCAGAGGGCUCUUGAGAAAGAUGCUGAAGUUGCUGAAUAUCAUUACCAACUUGGGUUAACAUAUUGGUUCAUGAAUGAAGAAACAAGAAAAGAUAAAACAAAGACUCUUACCCACUUUCUAAAGGCUGCCAGACUGGAUCCAUACAUGGGCAGAGUUUUCCGCUAUUUAGGUCAUUACUACAGAGAUGUGGUAGGAGAUAAAAACAGAGCCCGUGGCUGUUAUAGGAAAGCUUUUGAAUUAGAUGAUACUGAUGCUGAAUCUGGGGCUGCGGCAGUUGACUUAAGUGUGGAGCUUGAAGAGAUGGAAACUGCCUUAGCUAUCCUAACAGCAGUAACUCAAAGGGCAAGUGCUGGAACAGCAAAAUGGGCCUGGCUUAGGCGAGGACUAUACUAUUUGAAAGCUGGUCAGCAUUCUCAGGCUGUGGCUGAUUUACAGGCAGCAUUAAGGGCAGACCCAAAGGACUUCAAUUGUUGGGAGUCAUUAGGAGAGGCAUACUUAAGCAGAGGUGGCUAUACGACAGCCUUGAAAUCCUUCACAAAAGCCAGUGAGCUGAACCCAGAAUCCACAUACAGUGUGUUUAAGGUUGCAGCAAUACAGCAAAUCCUAGGCAAAUAUAAGGAGGCGGUAGCUCAAUACCAGCUGAUCAUUAAAAAGAAAGAAGAUUAUGUGCCAGCUUUGAAAGGUUUGGGCGAAUGCCAUCUCAUGAUGGCAAAAGCAGCUCUCGUUGAUUAUCUUGAUGGGAAAGCUGUAGACUACAUCGAAAAAGCACUGGAAUAUUUUACUUGGGCUCUGCAACAUCAAGCUGAUGUCUCUUGCCUUUGGAAGCUAGUUGGAGAUGCUUGUACGAGUCUGUAUGCUGUCUCACCAUCUAAAGUGAAUGUUACUGUUUUAGGAGUCCUUUUAGGUCAGAAAGAAGGCAAACAAGUAUUAAAGAAGAAUGAGCUCCUCCAUCUUGGUGGAAGGUGUUAUGGUCGUGCGUUAAAACUGAUGUCUACAUCUAAUACAUGGUGUGACCUUGGAAUUAAUUAUUAUCGCCAAGCACAGCAUCUAGCAGAAACAGGCAGCAAUACAAAUGAUCCUAAAGAGUUGUUGGAGAAGUCUUUACAUUGUCUGAAAAAGGCAGUGAGACUUGACAGUAAAAAUCACUUAUAUUGGAAUGCUCUUGGAGUGGUUUCAUGUCACAAUGGUAUUAGAAAUUACGCCCUUGCUCAACACUGUUUCAUCAAGUCUAUCCAGUCGGAACAAAUUAAUGCUGUUGCAUGGACCAACUUGGGAGUGUUAUACCUUGCAAAUGAAAACAUUGAGCAAGCUCAUGAAGCUUUCAAAAUGGCUCAAUCUCUUGAUCCAUCUUAUUUAAUGUGCUGGAUUGGACAAGCUCUUAUUGCAGAGACAGUUGGAAGUUAUGACACUAUGGAUCUUUUCAGGCACACUACAGAACUCAGUAUGCAUACUGAGGGAGCAAUAGGUUAUGCGUACUGGGUCUGUACGACACUGCAAGACAAAAGCAACAGAGAUACAGAGCUGUACCGGUACAACAUUGUUCAGAUGAAUGCUAUUCCAGCAGCACAAGUUGUUUUGAGUAAAUACAUAGAAAGAGUUCAGAAUUAUGCUCCAGCUUUCACAAUGUUGGGUUACUUAAAUGAACAUCUACAACUGAAAAAGGAAGCCACAGAGGCAUACCAGAGGGCAAUGUUAUUGUUACAGACUGCGGAAGACCAAGAUACUUACAAUGUUACAGUAAGAAAUUAUGGAAGACUGUUAUGUUCCAUUGGUGAAUAUGAUAAAGCUAUCCAGGCUUUUAAAUCAACACCCCUUGAAGAGUUAGAAGACAUCAUAGGUUUUGCAUUGGCUUUAUUUAUGAAAGGUCUAUAUAAAGAAAGCAGCAAAGCCUAUGAGAGAGCCUUGUCUGUUGUUGAAUCAGAGCGGGACAAAGCCCAUAUCUUGACAGCUCUGGCAAUCACGGAGUAUAAACAAGGAAAAAUGGACGUAGCCAAGACAUUGCUAUUUAAAUGCUCCAUCUUAAAGGAACCAACCACAGAAAGCCUUCAAGCCCUUUGUGCUCUUGGAUUGACAAUGCAGGAUGCUACACUUUCAAAAGCGGCACUUAAUGAAUUGCUGAAGCACAUCAAAGAGAAAGACAGUGAUUAUCCAAAGUGCCUUCUCAUUUCAGCGAUUUAUGCACUGCAAGGCCGCAGUGUGGCAGUGCAGAGACAAGCGUCUAAAGCUGUUCACAGUAACCCCGCUGAUCCAGCUCUUUGGUCUCUGUUGUCCCGAGUAGUUGCUCAGUAUACUAACCGAAGUGCAAAGGGAGGUGCUAUAGCAGGAAAUGUGGCUCAUAUUUUGGACUCAAAUCAUGGAAAGAAGGCAUUACUGUACACUGCAGUAAAUCAAUUAGCUAUGGGAAGCAGUUCAGCAGAAACUGAAAAAAAUAUUGCACUAAAGACCAUUCAGAAAGCAGCUUUUCUUUCUCCAGGGGAUCCUGCUGUCUGGGCUGGGCUGAUGGCAGCCUGUCAUGCUGAUGAUAAACUGGCUUUAGUGAACAAUACUCAGCCAAAGAGAAUGGAUCUGUACUUGGCGCUGUUAUCUGCUGUUUCCGCUUCAAUUAAAGACAAAGAAUUCCUUAAGGAUUAUAACCAAUCUCUGGAAAAGUGGUGUCUCUCCCAGGCUGUCACUGGUCUAAUGGACACAGGAAGAACAUCUGAAGCUGAAACCCUCUGCACAAAGAAUUUAAAAAGUAACCCUGAUCAGCCAGCUGUUAUCUUACUUUUGAGACAAGUUCAGUGUAAACUACUCCUGGAGUCACAAAACCCUCUCCCAGAUGCCGUCCUUGAAGAGUUGCAAAAAACAGUCAUGUCCAACUCAACUUCUGUUCCAGCAUGGCAGUGGCUGGCACACAUUUAUCAGUCCCAAGGAAUGAUGGGUGCUGCAGAAAUGUGUUAUAGAAAGAGUCUGCAAGUAGCAUCCCAACAGGGCAGUUGGAGUGGGAAGCUGUCGAGUCUGUUGAGACUAGCCCUUCUUGCUUUAAAAGCCUGCAUGGCUAAUAUUUCCAGUGAUCACUGGUCAUCUUUGGUUCAAGAAGCUACAACUGAGGCCUUAAAACUUUGUUUUUGUCCAUUGGCUGUCUUUUUACAAGCUUUGUUACAAUUCAACCGCAAAAUGGGGGCAAGAGAGACACGGCGACUUUUGGAAAGAGUGGUGUAUCAGCCUGGGUAUCCCAAGUCUAUUGUAUCAACCGCACGUUGGUAUCUACUGAGACACUUACAUGCCAAAAAUGACUACGAGCUUAUUGAUGUGCUGAUAAACAAUGCCAAAACUCAUGGAGAUACAAGAACAUUGGAACUGAAUCAGAAAUUGUCUUCACAGUAAUAGAUCAAGCACUUGCCAUUCUCUGCCCAUUUCUUCCUUAUCCUCACAACUGCCCAACCGAUUCAGUGCUUUUAACAGCCUGGCCCACAGACUUAGCCAGAGACGAGCUGCAAAAGGUUGCCUGUGCCUCUCUGGUGCCCGUACCUUCCUGCUUCCUCUGGAAAGCACUUUAGCCUUUACCCCAGAAUGGACUGAAUCUAUCUGCUUAAAUGCUUAUGAGUCAGUUCUUAUUUUCCAUUUGCUUUCUGGGGUGUCACUUGCUUCACAAGGUUACUUUCUCCUGCUAUGUGGACUUGGUUAGCCUUUGUCCCAGGCCUGUAGCCAAGGAGUGACCAUUUGACUAAAUUGCCUAGUUCUAGCCUCUGAGGACCUCAGACUCAGGUUUUCUAGACAGGAAGGUUUAAAAACACUAUAGUUCGUACCAUCUCAGGUAAUUUUUUUUUGCAUGGAUGUACACACACCCUCUCUUUGUUAUCUUCUCUUAAGAUUCCUGCCCGGUUACUGUGAGGCUCAAAUCACAAAUGUACAAUUUUUACAGACCUUACUUCUUGCCAGACUUUUGUUAAGUAUUUUAUACAUUGUCAUUUAAUACUAAUAAGUAAAGGAAAAGUGCUAAGCAGCAUGCUUAAAGCAAAAGAAAAACCUGAAAUACAAUCAGUGUUAUCAGAUUCUAGGAACUUUAAAGUAGGCAAAAUUUCUCUUCAUUUUAUAUGUAAGUUUAGAGAAAUUACAUUAAAAGUUAUUUCCAGAAGCGUCAAUAUUUAGCAUUCAUAUUCAGUAUUUGAGAAUUAUAGUGCAUUUUUGCUAAUUUCUAUCCACAUUUUGGCUCUUGUUGAUUAAUUAGGUGUUUGUAAUCCAGCUAGACAUCUAAUAACCAUUUUCCAUGGGAAAAAUAUAUUCCAGCUUAUGAGUAAACUUUCAGGACACAAUCUCUUUAUUCGGGGUCACUUGCCAUAUUUCUAGAAUGUCCCUUGCAUUAAUUUCUGGUCAGAAUUUAA